UCUAAAUGAAUGAUUUUGUUAAAUCUAUGGAUUUUGGAAAAUUCAUCACCCUCUAGAAUCUUUCAUUUUUUAGGGUUUUAAAAUCUCACUUGAUAGCUCUGUUUUAAAACCUGGAUCGGACCGGUCGGUCAAACCGGUUUGACUGGGACCUGGCGUCAACAUCGGUCCGGAAACCUUAUAAACCCGCUUUUAACAAUUAACCAUUGUUUUAAAAGCCGGACCGGACCCAGAAUUGGUCACGUGUCUGGUUCGGGUUAACCUUAAAACUGUUAUAAUGUAAUAGACCGUGUUAAAUCGUUAAAAAACCAGAUAUUUUCAGCGAACCGUCGGUCCAAUCAGAUCGAUUGAUAAACCAGUCCAAUCAAAAAUCCCUAAACCUAAUACACGUGGCCUUCUUCUCAUCGCGUAUUCGCGUUCAAUUCAUCUCUUUCUCAGUUUCUUAUGCAAAUUUCUCAGCUUCUUCUCUAUUCUCUACAAAAAAAUUUCAGCUUCGUCUCUAUUGUUUGUUCUCUGCAAAGAUUUCUCUUCGAAAUCUCACCCAAAUCGCAUCUGAACUCUCUGAAAUCGACGACGACGUCUUCCUCCCUCGUCGAAAAUCGACGACGAUAGCUCUGUUCCUUGCUGGAAAUCGAUGGCAACAGCUCCAUUCGUUGAUGACAGCUCAAUUCUUCGAUCAAGAUUUUGUUGUGAAAGAGCCUAUGGUGAUUGGUCAUGAGUGUGCUGGGAUCAUAGGGGAGGUGGGAAGUGAACUGAAGACUUUAGUGCUCGGUGAUCGUGUGGCCCUGGAACCAGGGAUCAGCUGCUGGCGAUGCAAUCAGUGCAAAGAAGGUCGAUACAAUCUAUGUCCUGAGAUGAAGUUCUUUGCAACUCCACCAGUUCAUGGUUCUCUUGCCAACCAGGUUAACGAAAAUGCUACAUUUCUAACUAUAGUCUGUUGGACUCUGUGCUUUUAGAAAUUAACUAUUACCUUAUGAAUUGUGCAUUCAGCAAUUAGAAAUAUGGUAGACAAUCAUUUGAAAGGUUGUAAUGUGUGUAUAGUUGUGUCAAUAUACAUAGUCUUCUUCAAAACAUACUGGUCAGUUC